CUACUAGAAGCGAUCUUUCAUCGUCUCUCUCCCGCGCAAGCUAGGGUUUUGGCGAACCCUUUCUGAUCUACACCAUUCGCGUAAGUUGAGAUCAUACACACUGAUUGGACUCGGCCAUGCCUCGGUAUUACUGUGAUUACUGUGACACUUACUUGACGCAUGAUUCCCCUUCUGUAAGAAAGCAGCAUAAUGCCGGUUACAAACACAAGGCCAAUGUUCGCAUCUACUAUCAGCAAUAUGAGGCACAACAAAAUCAGUAUUUGAUUGACCAAAAGGUUAAGGAGCAUCUUGGACAAGCUGCUGCGUUUCAGCAAGUUGGUGCUGCUUACAACCAACUAAGGCCCCGUCUUCCAAUGAUGCCAAUGCCUGGGAAUCCGCAGUUGGCAAUGAACCCAGCGUUAUUUGGAAUGAGGCCCCCUGUCUCUUUGCCCAGACCUAUUCCUGGUACUAUAGCUACUUAGGCGUCUUUUAUAUUGUUAUGUUUAAAUAUUGGCAAAAUAGACAAGCAUGUCAUCGUACUUCCACACGU